AUGAAGUUUGUUUCAUCUGCUGAGACAGAACCAACCAGCACGACAACAAUUUCUGAGGAUUCAAAGUCAGGUCGAGGUAUGAGCACAAUGCCUCGUGUUGUGAAGAGAAAAUUUCAGAAAAUCAAGCCAGUUGUUGAGUACAAUAAAAGGGGGAAAGGAUGUGGCCCUGCACAUACUGAGAUGCAGUCUUACAUUGGUGUGUUGGCACGCUCCAGAGUCCCACUUGUGGACAAGAAAUGGGCUGAAAUCCCCAAGGAUAUAAAGGAGCAGAUUUGGGAAGCCGUUGACAUGGCUUUUGUGGUAGGUCAAGGGGGCAAGAACCUGGUGUUAUCUUCUGCUGCCAAGAAAUAG